UACCUCCUAGUCGUGCCAAUCAGAAUAGACGGAAGACACGUGCGGCGGCCAUGGCUGCCAUUUACUCAGGUAUCCAUCUGAAGCUGAAGAGUCCGCAGACUUCAUGGGAAGACAGGCUGAAGUUAGCCCGGUUUGCGUGGAUGUCCUCCCAGUGUGUGCUGCCCAACAAAGAACAGGUUUUGUUGGACUGGUGCAGUCAUGCCCUGACAGGCUGGCACAGUAAGAAGGUGGAGCUGUCACAGGAUGUCUUGGAAGGCUUAUGGUGCUAUCUGGAUGAGGUAGUUCACAGUCGGAAGCUUCAUUCAUUCUUCAAAGAGGGAAAGACCGUAACUCUGAGGCUCAACAUGGCGCAGUUGCUGCUGGACCACCUGCAGGACUGUAAAGAUGGUCGACAGCCAGCGUAUUUGACCACCGUGCUGAGUGUCUGUCUGGGGAUUCUUUCCUCUCCCGCCCUUUCAUCUGUAUUUACCACAAAGUAUGAACUGAUGGUCAGUUUGCUGGCCAAGUUCUGCUUGGUGGCCUGCCAUGAGAUACAAAAGCAUACACCCAUAGAGCGCAAAAAAGAUACUAAAAUGGAAAAUCUUCAGCCUGAACCUGAUGCCAAUAUGGAGACCAUUGAGGAACCCAAGAAGAAAAAGACCUCAGCUAAUCUGUUUGAAGUCCUGCUUCAGGUACUCUCUUGUUAUAUAUCAGUGCAGCGACAACAAGCCAACCCGAACAGAGUCUUCAACCUGGUCACCAACCAGCUUAUCCAGCCUUUAGUGUUGCUCAGAUACCUGCUGACCUCUCAAGACUUUGCUCCCUACACGCACUUCCAUAUCCGUCAGCAGCUACGCAGAGAUGUCCGCAACAAGAUCGAAUCCAUCCUCCAGUUAUCUCUGUUCUCCUCCGAGCAGCUGGCAUCCUACAAGGCGGAACUCCUCCAAACCAAAGAGGACUCUGGGAAACGUGGUUCUGGUGGGAUGAAGGGGCCCCUGAUGCCUGUCAGUGCUUUGCUUUCUAAACUGAAUGCCCAGGAUUACUGUGAACCAUCUCUGUGCUACCCUGUGAAGUCUGACACUUUGUCCUUGAUGUUCAAAUUUUUUCUGGAAAGCUACGGGAAUGGAAAAGGGGAAAGUGAGGAGGAGCAGAGGAUGUUGUGUUUCUAUUUUCUGGCCAGACUGGUAGCGAUGUUGGAUCUUAAGGCUGAUGGAAUCUCUGUUCCCCAUGAGAAGAAACCUGUGCCAGUUUCCUCCUGGAGCCAGACUCUGCAGGCUUUGGAGUCUCUGUUUAACCAGGCUCUGGCAGCAGAUAUCUAUAACAUUGCUGCAGACAGGAUAAGACAUGGAGAAGUACAGCUCAUUUUUUACAGAACCGUGGCUCAAACACUCCUUAAUGAAGCUCAGCCAAGCAUCCCUUCCUGGUACCGGUGUUUAAAGGCACUUUUAAGUCUCAACCAUCUGAUUCUUGAGCCAGACUUGGAGCAGCUUCUGUCCUCUGCGUGGGUAGAUGCUGGGAACAUGGAGGCUAACGUGAAGCGGGCAAGACAGCUCAUGGUGUGCAGUCUCCUCCAGACCUACACUAAGCUCCGUCAGCUGCCUCACCUCUUCUCUUCGCUCCUCUCAGCGAUCUGCAAGCCAGGUCUGGAUAAGCACCGCCCUCCUCUGCUCCCAGAGGGCAUAUCAGCUUCUCUCAGGACUUGCCUUCUGGACUCAUCGCCUUCUCAGGUCCUGGAAAUCUGUUCUUUAGUGCUGCAGAACAUCAGGACCAAUUUACUGCCACACUUGGUGAAGGAGAAAGGAGACGGAGAAGCGAUGGAGAUAGAUGGAGGAGACCGACAGCAAGAGAGAGAAGCAGCAUCUCUGAAACUGUCCAGUCUCUGUCAGCUGCUUCAUGUGGUUUUGUUUAACCUGAAAACUCUGGAUAAUUCUUCUCCGAUUCUUCUCAUCAGGCAGAGCAAAGCCUUUAUGGAGGAGAUGCAGCAGCCUAUUAAAGACCUUCUUCAUCUGUCUUUAAAUUCAAAUGACACUUCUGCUCUGAAGACUCCAAAGAAAGGAAAAAAGAAAGCGUUGAAAGCAUCCCUCUGGGAACAGAGGACCCAGGAGGCCGCUCUCCUGCUCAGAUAUACCUGGGUGGAGGUGGACGUUCUUUUCCACAUCCACUGCAGCAAAUACACGACUGUGGACUCAUUCCUGACGUCCACUGAGGAAGAGUCUGUAGCAUCACCUAUUCUAACCCACAUUGGAGAUCUUAUAUCAGGUGCUUUCGUACAAACACGUCUCCACUCGUCUCCAUCCUGCAGCCCCAUGAGUCGUUUGCUGCUGAAGCUCCUCACUCUGCAGCAGAUCAAGAAGGUUUUACUGGAUAACGCUUUACUGGGUGAAAGCAGCACCACCGCCCUACUAAAGAAGGCAGUCCGGUUUAUCGUAGAGAUGGAGGGUGGACCUGUCGAAGAGCAGGAGUGGGACGGUCAGAUAUGCAGCGUAGAUGGUAGAACGUACCCUGCUGCAUAUUGGUUCGUCGUUGUGUCUAAUUUACCUCUGCUGUGUCUCCAUCUGAGCGAGGAUGACAUCAGCCACAUAGCGCAUUUUUUGGUGGUCUCGUUGAUGCACGGAGACCUGGAGAGAGUCGAUGAUCAGCUUCCUGGAAGUCUGAGUUUCUCCUCCAUAUCGUCUCAGCUUGCUGUGAGCAAAGUAUUUCCAGAGCUGCCGUCUCUGUUCUCUGCUACAGUUCGCUCCAUCGCUCAGAGGAUUGUAGGUGUGCUCAGAGCUGGACGUUCAGCCAAAGCCCUUCCUUCGUUUCUGAUGGUUUAUGAGAAAGAAGCUGGAUCUGUUCCAUCAGAGAAUAAUGUUUGCCGGCGUGUUUUCUCCCUGACGAUAAUUGAGGCCAUAGUUAAAGAUAUCUCUGCCGCUCCUAAAGCUGGAGAGGCAUUGGUGCUGCUGACAGACGCUCAAACCAAGGAGCUCCUCAACCUGAUCCAGAUCUUAACAAACCUAAAUCCUGACGGGAUGAACUCUGAGGAUCUUUCCUCCAUCUUUCUUCUCCUCUUCUUUGUGUUUACCUCCAUGCAGACCGAGCAGACGGUUGUGGGGCCUCUUCAAUCUGGGGGGGAUCCUCGGUUCUUCGGGAAGCUGCUCCGAACUCUGACUUGCCUUCUGGAGGGAAACGGCUUCCCAGGUAUUUUAAAGCUCAUUCAUGGGGGCACCCUUCUGCAGACGGCUCUGUCAUCUCUCCUGUGGCACAGCAGCUGCAGAAAACCAGAGGCCUCAAUCAGCUCUGAUUGGCUGGAUCUAGUCAGCGCUGCACAGGGCUUCAUUAAAUCAUUGGUGCAGCUGAUUAUAACCAGAAAUAGCAGCAUUAGGCUCAACCUGGAUCAGUUUGCUUCUUAUGUAACCAGUAAGGAAACAGUGAGCAGGCAAAAUAAGCAACUAAGCUCUGAAGUAUCCAUGUUGUCUGUCCAUAUUCUCCUGGCCUCUCUGACCUCCUUCUCUCAAACAAUGAUGUCUAACUUGGGAAGAAACAAGGCAAUAGAUCAGACUUUAACAGAAAUCCUCAGGAGGACAACAUCUUUACUUGGACCAACUCUCGAGUCAGCCUUAAAGUCUCAAAGGUUCUCUUCCAAAGCUGUAACCCAACCACACUGCGCCCUCGGCCAAGCCUUUAUUGUGGAAGUUGUGACAGUGAUGCUGCAGUGUGAACUGGCUGUGCUGGAGGCGCAGCUGAAGAACAAGCAGACAGCCCUGACUCACAUGAACCUUUAUCAGGCCAUCUGCCAGCAGAUCCUGAGAGAAAUGAGUUCAGCCUCGAGGCCCAUGGACUUCCUGGUCUGCUCGCUACGCUUCCUGUCAGCUUUUUAUAAAGCAAAGGAGAAGAAGCAAGGAGAGGAGAUGGAGGAGCUCUAUGUUCAGAUAAUACAGAACGUGAACCAACUCCUGAAAGCUCCUUGGCUGUCAUUGACUGACACUGCUGAGCUGGAGCCAGCAGUACAGGAGCUGCUGCGCCACCUUGUGGAGAAAAAUACCACAAGGCAGUUCAACAUGCUUCUGCUGAUGAUCAGAGACGGUCUAGAUGUCAGCAAGCUGAGGGCAGGAAACUGGAAGGAGGUGCUCUCAGCUGUAAUCACUGUUAAGCUGCUGUCCAGCUGUCUGCUACCAGAGACCUGCUCCAAAGCUCUGUGGCUCAUCGCUCCGCAGAUCAUUUCUGCCAUGGUGUUCUUGGUGAGAUCGUCCAGUCAGGAUCUCUCUUUGACCCUUCCUUUUACCGUUCCCACGGUAACAUCCCUGACAUCAUUGCUGCGCCAAGGCGAGGGUCUGAUCGGCAACCCGCAACAUGUGAUUCAGGUCCUGGAAGCGCUGCAGUCGCUGCCUUUAGACCACUUGAGCCCAACCGUUUACCACUCUGCAUUCCUGUCCAUCCAUGAGGCGCUGUUUGCCUUUAUCAAGAGCCAUCCUCAGGUGAUCUCCAAGGCAGCUCCGUCCUUCUUAAACGUCUUCUAUCGACUGGUGGCGUCCAUCAUGCUGGAGGGUCGGCAGAGAGGGGACACAGACGCAGGUGCGGAUAGUGACGUGUAUUUGCAGUGCUCCAGACUGGCAGAGAGGAUGUACUCUCACAUUGCUGCCACACCUGAAAGCUUCACUGCAUUCCCAGCCUUUAUUGUGGCUCAAUACGUCACAGAGCUGCAGAAGGUUACCCUGCGGCCAGACAUCAAGCUGCAUCUGACUGAAGGCAUCUACUGCAUACUGGACCUGUGCAUGGAGCAGGAUAUCAAGUUUCUGAGAGCCGGGUUAAAUGCGGGGGUCAGAGAGGUGUUCAACGAGCUGCACAGCAACUACAUUCACUACCACAAAACACAGAGACAUGGAGAGGACAAGUACACAGUCUGAGUCACCAAAAUGAAACAUGAUUAGAAACGAAUGAUCUGCAAAAAGUUGAAAAGGUCACUGAAGACUGGAAACUUUGAAACUUGACAUUAAGUUUUUUUUUUCCUUCAUUUUUCCUUCAGGCACAGCAGUCGACAAAAAUCAGGGUCACCACAUUUCGGUUCAAAUUCUCAACGUCCAUAAACCCUUUAACCGCAGGGCUUACAGUCCUGUCAUCUGUGUGCUUUUUGAAUAGAGCUGCAAUCCAAAUAUUUUGACUUCACUAGUGUAAAAAGAUCAGUUUUGAUAAAGUCCUCACUGUAACCAGUGAGGCUGAGACUGCAAAUCACUGAUGGGACCCUAUGAUUACUGUGAUGCGGAAUUUAACAAAUAAAAAUAAACACAGAAUCUCAAGAAAUUCACUCUUUUGGGCAGGGAGUAAUAUGUAUGUUAGCUCUUUUGUCCACUGCCUGACCCCAUAUAUAUUUACGCGUGGCAGGCUCUUGUUUCCACAUUGACAGGUAAAAGGUCAGCAAUGUUAACAAGUCACACAGAAAAACCGAAGUCAACCAGAAAAAAAAACUAUGUUAAACUUAUUGCAAAGUUUAGGGCAGAAUAAUAUCCCUAUGAUUUUUAUGAAUCUGGAGAGCAACUUUUCUGCAAGUUUUGUCAACACAACUGGAAGCAUAAGAACAUGUGUGACAACCACUUAAAAUCAAGAAAUAACAUCAGAAACAGAAAGCAGAGGGAAGCCAGCGCAAACCACACACACCUGCAAACUCUUGAGCAUUCAAGAACGUCAGCAAAAGCGAGGCUUGAGUUUAUUUAAGAUAUUGUUGUCAUGUGCGCAGAAUUAGACAUUCCUUUAGAAAAAAAUUGAAACAUUGUCCAUUUUUCAAAUUUAUUUAAACGACAGUUUAUUCUAGAAGACAUGAUGUAGAAAAUCAGUCAGCUUUUUCUACAUUUUACGGAUAAAUGCAACGGGUUUGAUUUUCAGCAACCAUUAGUGG